UUUAUGUUGCAGCAACGCUUGUUCUUUGGCAGAGAAAAAGGGGACGCGGAACUGCCGUGGAAAGGGCGAGAAGGGAAAGCAUAAGAAAGGAGAAAAAAAGUCCAAGCAUAAUUAACGAGCAUAAAGUGUGAAAGAAAGGCGAACCGCGACUGACCCUUGCGCCGCGCCGAACCGAGCAAAAAAUGGAGCUGAGCCAGAUGUACAAGAAGAAGAAAAACCGGUGGUCGAUUUCCAAAAUCGAGCUGCUGAUCGACCUGUGGGCCGAGCAUUACCGUGAGCUGAAAUCGUGCCGACGGAAUGACCACGUCUUCGUGAAGAUGAAACACAAGCUGGAGCGAAGCGGGUGCAAGGUGACGGUGGAGGACAUACGGAUCCGGAUCAAUAACCUUUCCGCCAAGUACAGGAAGGAAUCGAUGCUGACGCUGUCCGGUGGGUCGCCGUCGCGUUGGCCGCUCUUCAGCAAGAUCCACAACAUCCUGAGCAACGAUGCGGGCGGGCUGGACGAAACCGCCGAAACGCAGGAGGAAAGCAUGGAAGAGCCGCCGGAGAGCAAAACGAAGGUGUAUCAGCUGAAGUGUAACUAUCGGCACGAAAAUAUUGACAACUUUUUCACCGAUUUGUACUUCAAUCCUCGCUACGCGGAUGUAACACUGGUUACCUGUCACGAUGGUGAAACUUUCGCCAUUCCAGCGCAUCGCAUGGUGUUGGGCAAUUUCAGCAUGUAUUUCGCAAACAUUUUCGACAAGCUGAACGUGCCGCAAAACUCCAACACGUACAUCGUGCUGCCGGGCAGCAUAUCGCACCAGACGAUGCAAAUACUGAUGCAGUACAUGUACACCGGGCAGUCGUCCGUGCCGGAGUACAACGUGGACGAUGUGUUGCGCAGCGGCGAGCUGCUCAAGAUUCGCGGCUUCUGGAGCGAAAGCCGAUCGGGCGGCCAGCAGCAGGGCUCGGGCCUGGCGGGGAACAAGCGGCGCAUGCCGGGGGCCGAACCGCCGCGCAAGAUGCACUACCGCCAACCGGGUACCUCGUCGCAGGACAGCAACGACCAGGGGCGGGCGCCGGUGCUGCCCGGUCGAUCGUCGCUGAAAUCGGUCGACCAGCAGUCGGAGGUGGCGUCGGACUCUGGGACAUCGGCGAUGGACUCGCUCGAUGAGCAGAAGCGGCUCGCGAUCGCGGCCAUCCAGCGCGACCUGCACGCCAGCUCGAUGCGCGCGAUGGCGCACGGUGCGGCCGCACUGUUCAGCAGCGGCAGCCUGUCGGACGUGAAGCAGGAACCGACCGAAUGGGACGAUCUCGACGACGACAAUGACUCGGACGAGGACGUUAUGAUACUCCCGGAGGAGGUGGUCAAAUCGAAGCCGGCUGCCGACGGAAAGCCCAAACAGUCGCCACAAACUUCACAGGCAGUGCCGGACCAUUACUCUCUACAGCAGCAGCAGCAGCAGCAGUCACUACCGCAACCGCAGCCGCAGCAGCUACCGCCACAACUGCUGGCUGGUCAAGUGCCGAUAGAUAACGAUCUUCAGCAGCAACAAGUGCAGCAAGUGCAACAGCAGCAGCAGCAGCAGCCGCAGCAUCUGCCGGAACCCUCCCACUCAGCGCACCAGCAACAACCAACAGAAUCCUCAAUGAACUGCGAUCUGUGCAGUGCAUGCUUUACUAAUACCGAUGACUUACUGCAGCACAUCAUCAGCUUCCAUGGCGAUGCGGCGGAGGUGCUGCGCAAACGGAGCCGGAUGGCAGAAGAAGAAACGCCAAUAAACAACAUGCGUUGCGAAUUUUGCGGGAAGUUCUUCAUGACGGCCGUCGAUUGGGCACAGCAUGUGCUGCUGAUGCAUAGUGAUCGUACCGCCGAAUUGCAUCAACAGAUGGCUCAGUUUACCGAAGAUGCAAUGCCCAGUAUUAGCAAAAUUCGCUCCAUCGCCUCCUCCAGCUCGGCCGACUAAUGAUACUCACGGUGUUGGCGGGCCCGGGCGGAUUCGACGAAUUAGUGGUGGUCCCAGGGCCCGUGGACGGGACGAAAAAACACAAAACAAAAACGAAACAAACCUCGAUCGAACAAUUUUACGAUAUAUAUACUCCAUUUUAUCCUCUCCCCCUCUAAAUCCGUUUUUAUUUGUCAACCGGCUAUGAACGUUGCUUCUUGCAAAUGCAACACCCCCGUUUGCUGCGCAGCAAGGUACCGAGGUACAAGGCAGUACUCUACAUAUACAAAUGAAGUUACGAGUAGAAAAUUAUACAACACUCUAGGCUGUAAGGACUUGUAGUAGGAACUCUUAAAACAGUAGUGCAUAGAGCGAGCAGAGACACACAUUUGCGCACACCCACACAAACACGUCGAAAUAUACGUUUUAAUUAUUUCACAAUU